AAAAGUAAAUAAAUCUCUCUCUCUCUCUCUCUAACUGACUUCGUCUGCAAUGAGCAAAACAAAAUAUGAUCCAAAGCCAGCCAAAGAGUUGUUCUUUCUUCUAGGGUUCGAGUAAUGCUCGUUACGAAGAAGGAAAAGGAAAGCAAGUAAGUAUAGUACAUUAAAGUGAGGCCAUUAGAGAUCAUCGAAGAUGGUGAGCCCAAAAUCGCAAAGCCCCGAGAGCGUUCCUUGCGAUUUCUGUACGCAACAAACAGCUGUUCUGUAUUGCAGAGCUGACUCUGCCAAGCUCUGUUUGUUCUGCGAUCAACACGUUCACUCCGCUAACUUGCUCUCUCGCAAGCACUUGCGCUCUCAGAUCUGCGAUAAUUGCUCCUCCGAGCCUGUCUCCGUCCGGUGUAACACCGACAACCUUGUUCUCUGCCAAGACUGCGAUUGGGACGCUCAUGCCUCAUGCUCCGUCGCCGCUUCUCACCAUCGUACGCCUGUUGAGGGUUUCACGGGGUGUCCUUCUUCAUCUGAACUCGCUUCGCUUUGGGGAUUUCAAUUUGAGAAUAAGACUUUAGAACAAUCUCCUUCUUCUUUGAUUCAAAACUGGGGUGAUUAUCGGGAUUUAUUUGUGCCACUUGAGUCCUGCCCUUUUAAAUCCGAUGGCGUUCCUCUUGAAGUUCAUGACGUCAUGGUUCCAAGAGAAACCAGUAUGCUUUACCCGUCUCGGGGUUUCCAGGCGGUCUGUAACGCUACAAAGAAACAGACUCCCUGCUGUGGGAAGCAGAAACAGGUUAUACGCAAGCAGUUGGUUGAAUUGCUCAAGAGGGAUUCGGUGGUUGUUGAUGUUGGUGGCGGUGGCGGUGGCGGUGGCGAUGGCGGUGAUGUUGACGGUGAAGGUGGAAUAGCUCGGGUAAGUGCUGCUAAUGAGGCUGAGAAUUUGGUUCCCGAAGCGCCAAGAAAGAUCCAGGGAGAUGGGCAGCCAUUUGUUUUGGGAAAUGAUGUUCAAGGAUUGCAGGCGAUUAACGCUUCUCAGCAACCAAUGCAGCACCAAGCGUCAGUUAAUUCCCCAUCUAUGAUGCCUUCGCAGUUGCAUCAUAUUGAAGGCGAUAAAUUGUGGCACAAUAAUUGCAAGAGGCACUCUGUUCAGAUUUGGGAUUUCCAUUCUGGACGACUGAGGGAUCAGGAAGAAUCAAUUGCACUUGAAGCUGCCUAUGUAGCAAAUGAUGGCGGAUUUGCAGCUAAGAAUUUUAGUGAACUUAUCAGAGAAUCAUCCAUGACUGACACAAAAUUGUUGCAAGAGAUAUACGAUAUGAAUAUUGCAUACGAUGAUAUGGCAUCAUAUAACGGGAUGACGUGUAAUCUAAUGAAAAUGCAGAACCUGUCAAAUAACCCAACAGCAGCAAGUCAGGGGCCUGCAGCAACAUCAGAGAGCAACAACCUACCAACAAGGAAGCAAUCUGGCAAUGCCGCUGCUCCUGGAAAGCACAACGUUAACUGUAACGUCAAGGAGACACAGAUUGGGGAACAUCCUUUGCUUGUUACAGAUGACAACAUGGGAAAAGCCGGACGAAGCAAGGCUGACAUGGACUUGAUGGCCCAAAACAGGGGCACUGCAAUGCUCCGUUACAAGGAGAAAAAGAAAACUCGAAGAUACGAGAAGCACAUAAGAUACGAGUCUAGGAAGAUGAGGGCUGAUACUCGGAAACGAGUCAAAGGCCGAUUUGUGAAAGCUAGUGACGCGGACGUACCUCCUAAUGGUUAUUAACAUUUUAUGUGGCCUUCUCUGCUUUUUGUAAAUUAGUGUUUUACAUUAUAAAUGUAUAUUUGGUGCUUUGUUUUGGUAGUUUGUUAUUAGAGACGUAAACAUGAAUAGAGAGAAAUUACUUUAUCUCCGUAUUGUCAAAUUAUGAAUUCCCCACUGCUGUCGCUAAAUUGAAUUGGGAGCUAGGUUCUAAA